GUCGGAAGCCGUCGGCUAGUAGUGAGAGAGGACCAAGGUGUCCCGGCAGUGGGCGCCGCGGGUCUGUCCACUAGUUGGAAACGUGUACCUAGAGAGGCACAUCUGGAGACGGAUCUGACUCUGCGACCCUUGCCACCUGCCUCUCUGCCCAUCUACUGAGGUCCUCGCCACCCUGGCCCCACUCACGCUGCCUUGAGAGUCGCUCCAAAGUAGGGCCGCAGGGCUUGGAGCAGCAUGGGCACCGAGAAUGAAGAGCCUGACUGCCAGAAACAGUUCCACGCAGCAGUCAGUGUCAUUCAGAACCUGCCUAAGAACGGUUCUUACCGCCCCUCCUAUGAAGAGAUGCUGCGAUUCUAUAGCUACUACAAGCAGGCUACCAUGGGGCCCUGCCUGGUGCCCCGUCCUGGGUUCUGGGAUCCCAUUGGACGUUACAAGUGGGAUGCCUGGAACAGCCUGGGCAAGAUGAGCAGGGAGGAGGCCAUGUCUGCCUACAUCACUGAGAUGAAGCUGGUGGCACAGAAGGUGAUCGACACAGUGCCUCUGGGGGAGGUGGCCAAGGAAAUGUUUGGCUACUUCGAGCCCCUGUACCAGGUGAUCCCUGACAUGCCAAGGCCUCCGGAAACCUUUCUGAGAAGGGUCACAGGCUGGAAAGAGCAGGUAUGGAAUAGAGAUGAUGGGGUUGUCCCUGAGACUUCCAGCCCCCCCAAGGAACCAACACCCCAAAACCCAGAGUCCCAGCCACUCAGAGACCUGGACUUGGAGGUUUUCUGUGAUUCCCUGGAGCAACUAGAGCCUCAGCUGCAGGUUCAGGCAGAGCAGAGAGGAGCAGCUGGAAGACAGUUUGACACCAGAAACAGUCCUGAGCCCCACAGCGAGAAAGAGGGAUUGGGGGGCAGCCUGCUGGGGCCCCAGGAUUUGGACAGGUGGCUGGUGAGGACUGUUCAGGCACUGCAGGAGAGCAUGCAGGAUGUCCAGGGGAGACUUCAGAUUCUAGAGAGCAAGCCCCAGCCCCCUGAGCAGCAGAGGCCCCCGACCAGGGCACGGCCUUGGCCUCUCAGGCUUUCGACUCCCACGCUGCUCUUCUUCCUCCUGUGGCCCUUCAUCGUCCAGUGGCUCUUCCGACAGUUUCGGACUCAGAAGAGGUGACUUUCAGAAGGGUCCUUUAGCAACGGAGGAGGCUAUGAGCCCAUCCUGCUGCGGCCUGAGCCUUCCUAGGGUUUAGGAGAACAGCACUACAAAUCCCUCCUCCCAUCCGCGUUUGCCUUGGCACCCCUUACCCUAGUGGGGUCCAGUGAAACCCCAUCCUUCCUUGCCGCUCACACGGCCCCUUCCCCCUCCCCCACGCCCAGGCCGCCCUGAAGGCUGCAGUGGCGGUGCCCAGCCGGGCUUCGGGUUGGGGGCUGGCCGUGAGCGGGCGGGGCUGCCGGGUCUCUCCCCUGCGGCACCUCCCUCCGGGUGACUUGACUCUUCUCCAUCCCGGGCUGCUCCCGGAGGAGGUUCAGCUCUUGGGCAAGUUGGAACUUGGGCCGGGCUGGAAGACCGAUUGGCUGGGAGGCUGCCGGACAGGCCAGGGCCCGGUGGUGCGGGGAGGAGUACGCAGGCCCGGAGUGAGGAGGGAGCCCCGAGGUUGCUCGUCCCCUGGCCUAGGCGCCUCGGACACGCACGCACGCACGCAGACACACAGGAUAUCUUCACCGAAGAUUCACUUGCAAAUGAGUGUUUCACUAAAUAAAAUAAAACCUCAAUCUUCUGCCUCUGGGCCCCCACGGAGGCAGCGGGAAGUGGGUCGAGGUGCGCCAGGCAAGAGUCCCCAUCCUGCCCUCUCCCCCAGUGACCUGGAGACGCCAUGGGAGGCCAGUGAAUAAUGUGUCGCUAUGAGGAAUAGUCUCCCUCUUCCCCAGGCAAACCAGCCUCAGCUAGGGGCAGGAGGGGGAAGGGCUUGCACCCUGCCUUUCCUGGGUCUCCGGCGACCUGGGAGUGGCAGGGAGGGGACAGCCUGGUUGGGGAGUUGGUUGAUCCGCCAAGAUGGGAAGAUCUGUUGCUUCCCGCUCCACAUCCUGGAUGUGGGGUUGUACAGAGACCCCGGUAGUGCCCACUGCCCCCCCACCUCAGCUGCUGGUUCCCGGUGCAAUCCCCCUCCCCCUCCCUCAUGACCUAUGGCUUCUCCAGAUAACUUUUCUGGAAAGCCAGAGCCCAGAAGAAGACUUGCCCCUGCUCUCCCAAGUGGAGGACAGAGCCAGUUGGGUCAGACCUAGCCUGCAUAGGCCUCAUGAACUGCUUGGCCUCCGAACAGUCAGCACUACCUGUGUCAUCCCUCCUGGGUCUCCCUGACAACAGCCACAAGCCUGUGGCCACUGCUGAUACCCCAUGCUUCUGAGACCCAGACCAGGAUCCUAAGCCACAGAGGGCUGCGCCAGGCUUGAGCCCCCACAAGCUGUCACCUGAGCACCAGGACCUUCCAGCCCCUGGCUGAGGAAGAGGCAGGAAGGCACCUGGCUGGAGACCCUUAGACUCCUGAGUUCCUUCUAUCAGGCUCUGGCCUUGACCAUUUGCCUUACUGGAAAGCCAUGGCCACUCUUUAGCCUUCAGUCCUCACAAAGCAGAGGGCAGCCCACAGAGCAGACCAGACACGAGUUCUACAAUUCCAUGGGGCCCAGCCCAGAGUCACAAGCACAGAGGCUGAUAAAGAUGGACAGCAGCAGGGCAACGGGAGAGGGAUUCGACUGGUGCUGGGAUGCAGGGAGAGACUGAAGUCCAUUCUUUCUCUUGCUGGCUGUGGCAAAUGUGGGUAAGAUUCCUAAAUGCUCCGAGCCUGGGUUGCCUUGAUUACAAAAUGGGAAUGAUAAGGCAGUCCAAUGAUUAGAGAAUGUUAAAUGCCUGGCAAAGUCAGGCGCCAGGGCCCACACCUGUAAUCCUAACAACUCAAGAGGCAGAGAUCAGGAGGAUGGCAGUUUGAAGCCAGCCUGGGCAAACAGUUUAAGA